AUGACAAGUACUCCAGAAACGUCUCCUAGUAAAGGCAAAAGUCUGGGCUCGUCCUCUCGGGUUAUCGACUCCCUACAAAAAUCUAUCGAUGAAUUGAGUUUAGAGAUUGCUAGGUUGAAGACAACAAAUCAAGAACUUGGUAAAAAGAAUCAGAUAAUCAACGGUAAAAACGAGUCGUAUCUUGACCAAUUGGCAAAUUUAAAGCAUGAAAAUGAUAUGUUACUGGCUUUACUCAAGAGGAAAGAACGUCGGAUACUAGAUCUUGAAGAUCAAAAUAGCGAAAUGUUGAAUUCAAUUGAAAACUUAAACUUGCUGACCAAACAAAUGAAGAUCAAGUUUGAAACAUUGAACGAUACAAAUCUACAGUCAAUAGCCGAACACGAGAGGUUGAAAAUCAGUUAUGAGGCUCUUGUGGCUAGCUGCCAGGAAUACAAACAACAUUAUAGAUUAGAAUUGGAUGCAUUACAAAGGGAAUUUGAUAAUUACAAAGCUGAAAAUUAUAGGCAAUGGGAAGAGUUGCAAAAGAAAACAGAGAGCAACGAUAUGGAUAUUGACGUUUUAUUGAAUUCAAUGAAUAACAAAAAGAAAUCAAUGGAUAAUAUUUAUAUUACUAAAAAUACCAAGAUCUUGACCAUGUUAACAACAUUGGCUAACUUGGUGAAAACUCAUGGUUUGGAGAGUAAGGAUAUAUUGAGCUGUAAUAACCAGGUGAUUGAGUCUUUACUUGAAAAGUACCCAGACUUGCAAGAAAAGAUUAAAGAAAAGGAGAAAAUUGAAAUCGAUAUUGCUGCAAUCCUUGCAGAUUCACAUGAUACUUUGAAUAAUAUUUCAUUUGAUGAUGAAGAUACUAUCUUAAUUGCUUCUCCCGAACUAGCUGCCAAUGGAAGUAGUAAUAUCAACAGCCCGCACAACCACCAGCAGCAGUUUUCGCAUCAUAAUCGGAAAAAGCUUUCUAUACCGCAUAACCUAAGGAAGAAGAACAAUAGCUUCAACAACAACAACAACAACACCAACAAACAAAAUUCUUUUUCAAAUUCACCGUCUCAAUUAAGCCUGUUAUGGAAUCAAGGCAAUAACUCAACUAGUUUGCAUCAGCAGAGGAAUCCUAGCGGGCAGAAGAAACAACCUACGGUUAAUCAUAAUAUAGUUAAUAUUCCACCAAGACCCAACUCAAUUGGUAAUAGAAGUGGCAAUAGCGGUGGUGGUGGUGGUGGUGGCAAUAGCGGUGGCAAUAGCGGUAGUGGUAAUGGCGGUAGCGGGUAUAGAAGAAGAUCGGGGCAGUUUCAUAAAAAGGUUGUUUCUCAGGCAUAG